UAUAACAUUAGGUGUUGCAGUUGUUAACGAUUUAGUUUAGGUGUGACUAAACGCCCCACAAGACAAACAAUGAGUCUUUUACCUCGCACGGCUGAGGAGUUCAGCUCUGCAGAAUACUGGGAGAAAUUUUUCAAGAAACGCGGUGAGAAGGCUUUUGAAUGGUAUGGCGACUACAACAAACUGUGCGGCGUGUUACACAAGUACAUCAAAGUACAAGAUAAGGUGUUAGUAGUUGGCUGUGGUAACUCUGAGCUCAGUGAACAACUGUAUGAUGUUGGUUACAAACAUCUCACAAACAUUGACAUCAGCGAAACAGUUGUGACGCACAUGAACCAGCGAAAUGCUGCUCGCAGACCUGGCUUAACCUUUCAUCAAGUGGAUGCUACACAAACUCCAUAUGAGGAUGCCACUUUCCAGGCUGCUCUUGACAAAGGCACCUUGGAUGCAAUGGCAUCUGAAGAAGAGGGAGCUUUGGCUAGAAACAUGCUAACUGAGGUCGGUCGUGUGCUCAGUGUCGGUGGGCGGUAUGUUUGUGUGACACUGGCACAGGAAAGUGUGAUCAAGUUGGCAGUGGAGCACUUCGUGAAAGUUGGGUAUGCAGUGAGGCUCCACUGCCUGCAAGAAGAAAACAAUACGGAAGAGGACUCCUUUGCACUCCCAGUUUUUGUCCUGGUCUGCACGAAGUUUCGUCAGCCUAUGCCUACACCCAUUUUGGAAAUGUGUCUUGGAGAGAAUGGAACCCCUGUUCGUCACACACAGGUUAAAGAGUUACUAUCGGCUGUGAGGGAGCAUCAGGCUUACUCUGUCUUGAGAAAGAAACUCCGCACAGGAACAGAUGCCAGCUCCAACCUCUCGCUCACCCUGUGUCACACCAAGACUGGUCUCCCCAGAUACAGUCUCGCAGUACAAGACUGUGCCCCAGGUGCCAAAGUGCCAAGAACAAAUCAGUUUGCCAUAUUUAUCGUUCCUCAAGGGAGUGAGACAGCUUGGCUCUAUAGUUCAAGUGAGGGGCGAAGGCAGCUAGCAGCCAGUGCAAACUUUCGGCGUUUGGUUGUUGUUACAAUGCACAGGAAUCAGGAGUACCCAGGCAUGGAAGCUGUCCAGUCAGAACUCUCACCAAUGGUGAUGGACUUAGCACCCCCUGGCAUGCCUGCCAACCAUCAGGUGCCAUUUUUGUCAGUGGGAGGUGAUCUUGGAUGGAGAGAGGAGGUCAGCAGGGGUGUGAGUCAGCUGAGUGGGGAAUACUGUGUGGAGAAUGUCAAAGGAGAGGAUGGUGGACUCUACCGUAGGCUUGUGUUCCUGUCUAACACUGGCCUUGUUCAAUCAGAGAGCCGCCUCAUCGCCACAAAAACUGCAUCAAGUCACAAGAAGAAGAACAAGAAGAAGGCCAAUGCAGCUGCAGCUCUAGUAACAUCGUCAUCCUCAAUGAUGGUGGACAGUGGUUUUCUCUGUUGCACUCACCAUGAAGUCAUGGUGGCCAGCCUUGCGAUGCUUGGCAUUGGGACCCCACAGAAUAAAGAUAUUCCAGUGUCAGUGCUACUGGUGGGUCUUGGUGGUGGAGGUUUGCCUCAGUUUCUGCGAGACUUUGUGCCCAACACUACAGUGGAGGUUGUAGAACUUGACCCUGCUGUGUUGGAAGUGGCAAAGCAGUGGUUUGGGUUCCAGCCAGAUCACCGUCUGACUGUCACUGUUGGUGAUGGUCUUGAUCGCAUCUCUGCACUAGAGAAAGAAGGUGGUAUUUUAUUUGACAGCAUCAUGUUUGAUGUUGACAACAAGGACAGCACUUUGGGUAUGAGCUGUCCUCCUGCUGCCUUUGUGGAAACCCCCAUGCUGCAAAAAGUUUGGAGAUUAUUAACCCCCAGAGGUGUGUUUAUGCUGAACCUUGCAUGUCGAGACUCCACCCUGAGGAACAGUGUACUUGAGCGUGUGCGUGGUGUGUUUCCUACUGUUCUUUCUCGGAAGAUUGAAGAGGAGACCAAUGAAAUCCUUCUGUGUGCUCGAGACUCAUUGGAUGCUGCCCAGAUCCUCCCAUCCAUGAAUCAAGCUGGAAAAGAUCUGCAAAGCUCGCUGUGCUCGGACAGAACUGAACCCAACCGCAAGCCACAUAUAGACAUCGCAACAUUGUUAAAGGACCUUAAAGUGGAGUGAGGCUUGAUUGCCACCAAGAGUGUCUAUGGGGUUUUAAUGUGUUGAUUCUGUUUGGAAAAAGAAAUAUGGUGAAGGUUGUGAGAUGUAAACAAUGAUUUUCAAUGCAGUGUAACAUGUAUAAAUGCGUCUAAUGCAGGAGUGCUUCUAAGAAAAAUUAAUGAUAAGAAUUGUAUAAGAAAAACUGAUUUUGUCAGUUAUUGUGAUGCUCAUAACCAGAACUGUUUACAACAUCUUUAAGUAUUUUAAUCAUCAUCGUUAUAACCAAUUGGGUUAUACAUUUUUUUAAAGAGCAUAUUAUCAUAUGAAAUAUUCUCAUAUUUUGGGAUAUGAUGCUGUUUUUGAAGACUUUGAUCCAUCUUUUCUAAUACGACUUUAUCCAGCUUAGCGUCACCAGUCCAUCGUACUGCAAAUACAGAGGAAUAGACAGUCACACUUGUUCACAUUCACAUUUACAGGUAAUAUUGAAUAACCUGAAAGUCAUAUCUUUGAAGUGUGGGGAAAAAAGAAACCCCCGGCAUUCACAAGAGAGCAUGUGGAGCUGCUGGAUUUUCUUUGUAAAAGUAUGAAAUGACUGUGUUGUACUUGGCGCUAUGAAGCUGAGUUGAACUGAACAUGCAAACUCCAACACAGUAAAGCACCAAAGCCUGUUCUCAAAUCUGUCAAAUUAUUGGUGAGCGGUUGGUGUACUAACCUCAAGAGCUUUCAAAACUUUUUUUAAAAACUUAGUAAUUGAAAAUUACUUUAAAACAAACAAGCGCAGUCUUAUAAAACUUUUUGGUAUACUGUAUGGACCUAGAAUUUGUGAGAAGACUGUGUGAUAAAGAUUCUGCAUGAUGAUUGCAUCUUUAUGCCAUUUUCACCUAAUUUUUGCUAACAUUUGAAACAAUUUAAUAACAGCUUUUUAAAUCAGUGGUUGACCAAAUAGGAAGAGACGAUAUUGAACAUGUCACUGAUGAUAUGUUGGUCAUUAUAGGAGAAUAUACACACUUUGUAAGCAUGGUAUUAAAACUAUAUUAUACUGUAUUGACAAAAGUUUCACUUUGCAUUAUAAGUAUGGUACUCUUAAAA